CCCAUGUGAUGGUCCAAAGUUAUUACGUUUUCGAGGACGACCUCAAGAACUUAGUCCAAAAGCUCGAUUGCUUCAGUGGACGGGAAAAUUAUUUCCUUCAUUAGGCACACCACCACCAUUUGAUCGUCACGACUGGACAAUCGACCGAUGUGGUAAAGAAGUUCGAUAUAUUAUUGAUUAUUAUUCAGGUCCAGAUGAAGGUGAAACGCCAAUAUUUUACCUUGAUGUACGACCAGCUUUAGAUUCUAUCGACAGUAUUGUCGAUCGAAUUAAAGUUGCUACAAAUAAAACCUUGAAACAAUUCAGAGAGCGAGCUAGAUCUGCUAGGGACGCGCAAGAUCUUGAAAAAAAAUAA